AUGUCAAUGUUCGCGAGCACGCCCCAGCAGAAUGUUGAGAAAUCGUUCGAGGCGUUCUACGAGGGGUGGCUUGCGCGGCACGAGAUUUUGUUUGAGCAGCUUCAGAGUGUGACGCCUGAUGAUGACAGUGUUCAACAGAGGAAGCUGAUAGAGCAAGUUCUGUGUCACUAUGAGCAAUUUUUGGAAGAGAAAUCGAACGUGGCGAACGGCGACGUUUUCAUUCUCUUUUCCUCGCCCUGGCUUUCUUCCUACGAGAGGUCUCUGCUCUGGAAUGGGGACUACAAGCCCUCGCUCAUUCUCCGUCUCGCGGACGGCGCCGUCAAGAGCUUAACGCCAGAGCAGAGGGAGAAAAUGGAGCGUGUGAGAGACGAGACGAAGCGAGCCGAGAGAGAGGUUUCCGAGGCAAUGGCUUCCGUUCAAGAGAGCAUGGCGAGUCCGCACAUGGUGGCGCUUAUCAGAAUGGUUGACGGCGAGAAAACGGAGCAGGAAACGGCUCUUCAGGGUCUCAAGGAGGCGCUUAAGAAGGUUUCCGAGAGAGGAGACGCGCUCCGCGCGUUGACGAUGAAGAAGGCGGUGGAGAUCUUAAGCCCGCCGCAGACGGUGCAAUUAUUGACGGCGACGAUGCGAUUUCAGAUGCGCGUAAGGAAGUACGGUUUGCACCGAGACGAGGUUGGACCGUCACAUUGA